GUUUCUUCCCAGGCAGUUCCCAGGGCUGUGACGCCUUCCUCCGCCACAAGAUGACUCUCAUCUCCCCGUCCAUACUGAAGAAGUACAGCAUCCCCUUCGACAGGGUAGGUAGCACAACGAACAGUGGCUGGAAGAUGGAGCUGGGUCUGGAGCUGGGAGCUGGGUCUGGAGCUGGGGCUGAGGGCUGUCUAGGGUCUGUCUGGUGCUGGGGCUUGGGUCUGUCUGGAGCUGGGGCUGAGGUCUGUCUGGGGCUGAGGUCUGUCUGGGGCUGAGGUCUGUCUGGGGCUGCCGUUGAGGUCUGGAGCUGGCGUUGUGGUCUGGAGCUGGGGUUGAGGUCUGGAGCUGGGGCUGAGGUCUGGAGCUGGGGUUGAGGGCUGAGGUCUGUCUGGAGCUGGGGUUGAGGGCUGAGGUCUGUCUGGAGCUGGGGAUGAGGUCUGUCUGGAGCUGGGGCUGAGGUCUGGAGCUGGGGUUGAGGUCUGGAGCUGGGGUUGAGGUCUGGAGCUGGGGCUGAGGUCUGGAGCUGGGGUUGAGGGCUGAGGUCUGUCUGGAGCUGGGGUUGAGGGCUGAGGUCUGUCUGGAGCUGGGGCUGAGGUCUGUCUGGAGCUGGGGCUGAGGUCUGGAGCUGGGGUUGAGGGCUGAGGUCUGUCUGGAGCUGGGGUUGAGGGCUGAGGUCUGUCUGGAGCUGGGGAUGAGGUCUGUCUGGAGCUGGGGUUGAGGGCUGAGGCCUGGAGCUGGGGUUGAGGGCUGAGGCCUGGAGCUGGGGUUGAGGGCUGAGGCCUGGGGCUGAGGCCUGGAGCUGGGGUUGAGGGCUGAGGCCUGGAGCUGGGGUUGAGGGCUGAGGCCUGGAGCUGGGGUUGAGGGCUGAGGCCUGGGGCUGAGGCCUGGAGCUGGGGCUGAGAGCUGGGGCUGAGGAUGAUAUGAUGGCUGAGGUCUGGAGCUAGUGUUGAGGGUAGGGGCCUGGAGAAAGCCUGGGCCCGUAUUCAUAAAGCAUCUCAGUAUUAGGGGUGUGAACGUUAAAACGUAUAAAUGAAAUUGGGAUCCUUAGCGUUAAGAAAAAUCCUAUUUUGGGGGGGUAGAUGCAGAAAGUAAAACAGCACAGUGGGUUAAUUUCCACAACAGCUAAGAGCGUAGAUGCGUGAAGCUCAACUUCUCAGCUGUUUGGGUACCCUGGCUACUACGCUGUGAACAGCAUGAAGCAAACUCGUGCACAUGCGUAGAUACUGUGUGACUGUGCGAGAGCAAAGUGUUUCAUCUCGCUCAUCUCAAUAUCCUAGCCUUUUCAUUGAUGAUAGGCUCUGCUUUACUGAAGUUCCGAGACAUUGCAAGCUAAGAAAUUGCGAGAUAUGGCAUUCCAUUGCGAGAUACAGCUUUUGAUUGCCGAUAGAUAGGCCUAGUGCACGGUUCUGACUUCCUGCCUGGUGGCUGACCUGCCUGUCGACGUGCAAGGAGUCGAGGAAUCACUUAUUUUGUAGUCGACUUGUGGUGGAUUUUUCUAAACAAGUGAGAGACUUUGUCAUUUCUUCAAACAAUCAUCUUUUAAUAAGAAUUUCAAUAAUGAAGCUGGUCAACCCCAUGUUCUGAAGUGUAAGGCUGAGCAGUGAGGGGAAAAAAGUAUUUGAUCCCCUGCUGAUUUUGUACGUUUGCCCACUGACAAAGAAAUUAUCAGUCUAUAAUUUUAAUGGUAGGUUUAUUUGAACAGUGAGAGACAGAAUAACAAAAAAAAAAUCCAGAAAAACGCAUGUCAAAAAUGUUAUAAAUUGAUUUGCAUUUUAAUGAGGGAAAUAAGUAUUUGACCCCUCUGCAAAACAUGACUUAGUACUUGGUUGCAAAACCCUUGUUGGCAAUCACAGAGGUAAGACGUUUCUUGUAGUUGGCCACAAGGUUUGCACACAUCUCAGGAGGGAUUUUGUUCCACUCCUCUUUGCAGAUCUUCUCCAAGUCAUUAAGGUUUCAAGGCUGACGUUUGGCAACUCGAACCUUCAGCUCCCUCCACAGAUUUUCUAUGGGAUUAAGGUCUGGAGACUGGCUAGGCCACUCCAGGACCUUAAUGUGCUUCUCCUUGAGCCACUCCUUUGUUGCCUUGGCCGUGUGUUUUGGGUCAUUGUCAUGCUGGAAUACCCAUCCACGACCCAUUUUCAAUGCCCUGGCUGAGGGAAGGAGGUUCUCACCCAAGAUUUGACGGUACAUGGCCCCGUCCAUCGUCCCUUUGAUGCGGUGAAGUUGUCAUGUCCCCUUAGCAGAAAAACACCCCCAAAGCAUAAUGUUUCCACCUCCAUGUUUGACGGUGGAGAUGGUGUUCUUGGGGUCAUAGGCAGCAUUCCUCCUCCUCCAAACACGGCAAGUUGAGUUGAUGUCAAAGAGCUCGAUUUUGGACUCAUCUGACCACAACACUUUCACCCAGUUCUCCUCUGAAUCAUUCAGAUGUUCAUUGGCAAACUUCAGAUGGGCAUGUAUAUGUGCUUUCUUGAGCAGGGGGACCUUGCGGGCGCUGCAGGAUUUCAGUCCUUUACGGCGUAGUGUGUUACCAAUUGUUUUCUUGGUGACUAUGGUCCCAGCUGCCUUGAGAUCAUUGACAAGAUCCUCCCAUGUAGUUCUGGGCUGAUUCCUCACAGUUCUCAUGAUCAUUGCAACUCCACGAGGUGAGAUCUUGCAUGGAGCCCCAGGCCGAGGGAGAUUGACAGUUAUUUUGUGUUUCUUCCAUUUGCGAAUAAUCACACCAACUGUUGUCACCUUCUCACCAAGCUGCUUGACGAUGGUCUGUUAGCCCAUUCCAGCCUUGUUUAGGUCUACAAUCUUGUCCCUGACAUCCUUGUAGAGCUCUUUGGUCUUGGCCAUGGUGGAGAGUUUGGAAUCUGAUUGAUUGAUUGCUUCUGUGGACAAGUGUCUUUUUUUACAGGUAACAAGCUGAGAUUAGGAGCACUCCCUUUAAGAGUGUGCUCCUAAUCUCAGCUCGUUACCUGUAUGAAAGACACCUGGGAGCCAUAAAUCUUUCUGAUUGAGAGGGGGUUAAAUACUUAUUUCCCUCAUUAAAAUGCAAAUCAAUUUAUAACAUUUUUGACAUGUGUUUUUCUGAAUUUUGUUGUUAUUCUGUCUCUCACUGUUCAAAUAAACCUACCAUUAAAAUUAUAGACUGAUAAUUUCUUUGUCAGUGGGCAAACGUACAAAAUCAGCAGGGGAAUACUUUUGUCCCUCACUGUAUAUGGAAAUAAAUGAAGUAACUCCGUCCAUUUGAUUGAUGUCAUACAUGCACAUUUAACCAAUAACAGAUCUCUAACACCUUUCAUUUUAACCAUCUAUGUUUGACGGAUAUUCCAGUAAUGCAAUGCAACUCAUUUCAUCACGUUACCACUUAGCCUGUUAACAGCUCUCAGAAAGGAGCCACUUAACUACCAAAGGCAGUUUUAGUACUAACGCAUCUGAAUGGAACCCUUUGCUGAAGCACAAUUUAAAUCCUUCAACCUGUGAAAGGACAUGGUAGCCCUGUGCAGCAUAUGUCUGUGUCCCAAAUGGAACCCUAUAACCUUUAACGUGCACUACUUUUGAUCAGGGCCCAUUGGGUUCUAGUCAAAAGUAGUGCACUAUGUAGGGAAUAGGGUGCCAUUUGGUACACACCCCCUAUGACUCUAGCACCGACCGCUGCUAGAAAUGAAUGGGGUAUAUGAAAGCCUGCCAUCGCUGAGUAAAGUGGAGGUUAAUGGCACAUUAGAUGAUGAUGACUGGGUCAGGAGGCAUGCUGAAGCUGUGGGUGUUUGCGUGGCUGGUCUCCAAACAACCUCUGGGACUAAUGACAGAGGAGGAGUGACAGGAUGGAGAAGUGAACACGGCAAAAGUGCGCAUGAACAUAUAGGCCUACAGACGGACACACACAGACACACACACUCACACAGACGCACACAGUAUUGAAAGGUGAGCCAUGAGUCUUAGUUGCAUUUCAAUUUCCAUCUUUUCACAUUUCCGGGAUAGAAAAUUAAUUUACAUUUAAAUUUUUGUCAUAAAGCAGACGCUCUUAUCCAGAGCGACUUACAGUUAGUGAGUGCAUAGAUUUUCAUACUGGCCCCCCGUGGGAAAUUAACCCACAACCCUGGCGUUGCAAGCGCCAUGCUCUACCAACUGAGCUACAUGUUAAUUUUUUUCUGUGGAUAAUAAUUGUUGGAGAUAGAAACUCUCAUGGUGUGAAAUAAAUCGUAAGUUCUAAUACGGGCGUACAAAGUUCUCCACUGUCUGCAGAGUUGUCUUUUUUCUAUUUUUCCUUCAGGGUGUCGUUACCUCAGGAACCGUAUUAUCUGACGCACACCGAGAGAGAGCGUCUCCCUUGAUCUGAGUGUAAAACAUAACACCGGCUUUGCACUUCCUCUAGUCUCCCAUCGCUCCACUUCCUCUAGUCUCCCAUCGCUCCACUUCCUCUAGUCUCCCAUCGCUCCACUUCCUCUAGUCUUCCAUCGCUCCACUUCCUCUAGUCUCCUAUCGCUCCACUUCCUCUAGUCUCCCAUCGCUCCACUUCCUCUAGUCUUCCAUCGCUCCACUUCCUCUAGUCUCCUAUCGCUCCACUUCCUCUAGUCUCCCAUCGCUCCACUUCCUCUAGUCUUCCAUCGCUCCACUUCCUCUAGUCUCCCAUCGCUCCACUUCCUCUAGUCUCCCAUCGCUCCACUUCCUCUAGUCUCCCAUCGAUCCACUUCCUCUAGUCUCCCAUUGCUCCACUUCCUCUAGUCUCCCAUCGCUCCACUUCCUCUAGUCUUCCAUUGCUCCACUUCCUCUAGUCUCCCAUCGCUCCACUUCCUCUAGUCUCCCAUCGUUCCACUUCCUCUAGUCUUCCAUCGCUCCACUUCCUCUAGUCUCCCAUCGAUCCACUUCCUUUAGUCUCCCACCUCUCCACUUCCUCUAGUCUCCCAUCUCUCCACUUUCUUUAGUCUGAAUUUAUGUGCAUCUCUCUCUUCUGUUGCGCUGCCUGCCUCUCCCAUCGCUCCACUUCCUCUAGUCUCCCAUCGCUCCACUUCCUCUAGUCUCCCAUCGCUCCACUUCCUCUAGUCUCCCAUCGCUCCACUUCCUCUAGUCUCCCAUCGAUCCACUUCCUCUAGUCUCCCAUCAAUCCACUUUUUGAAGUUCAGCUGUAGAAAUCUAGUUAAGGCUUAUUUUGAGGAUUUAAUAUUUCUGGCAGGGAUUGCCAAUGAACCUCACGUAAUAGUAGUAGACAUUUUAAUGUUGAGGUAGCCACAGAAAACUAGGAGUGUCAAAUUAAAAACCGCCAAAUAAUUUGUCAGGCUUAAUUUCCAAGAGAUGCAGACAAACCGGUGAACUGUGUCUUCUUCAGCCUCCCCAGCUUUCAGUAAAUGAUGGCCCUAGCUCUGCCUUGGAACGAAACGCAACCAAAUGAAAAUCUUCAUUUGCACGGACUGGCUAAUUCCUUGUAUCGCCGAGACUGGUUCUCUAGGAGCCGUUAGCCGCUAGCCAGCUCAAGUGAGGGAGGGAGGAAGAGUUAAAUUAAAUCAGCCUUCCAUCAGUGCUUAAUGAUUGUGGAUAUUAAGAGCUAGCAUCUGUUUUUGUUUCCCAUGGCUGGGUUGCAGGGGUUGCGAAGACCCUGUUUUUGCCAAGUCCUUCCAUCCGAGGCAGAGCUUCAUUUCCUUAAAUGUAAAUUACUUCAUCAUUUUGGCAGAUUUUUGCUCAUCUCUGCCCAUCAAAAGCCGGUUUAAUAACACAAAUGUUUGCUUAUGCAAUAUGGAUAUGAAGUUUUAUUAGUUUGCAUACUGCUUAUACUGCACUGGUUCUGUUGACCAUUAAUGCUCAGUCAGUUAAUGUACAUUUAAUGUUGUGUUUUCGUGUUUGACUGAACUUUUUAUGAAAAUGUUUACUGUAUUCAGGGUCAAUCAUCCAAACCCGAAACAGAAUGUUUAGAAAUUGAUCAGGGUGCAAGUAACAUUAGAUUAUAUGACUGCAUCCUGUUGAUUUGAUACUGUAUCACAAAAUCACAAAACCCUUUUAAAAUGGAACUCUUGCUCUCUCCAGGUCACUCAGGAAGAAGGCGAGUUCAUGGUCACCUUUCCCUAUGGCUACCAUGCCGGUUUCAACCACGGCUUCAACUGCGCCGAGUCCACCAACUUUGCCACCCUGCGCUGGAUUGACUACGGCAAGAUGGCAACACAGGUGGGUCAAUGCACACUAAACCAGAUGGUCACCCCAGUGUCCCCUACAAACACACACCACUAUAGCGAAGAUGACAUCCAGAGAUGUUGUAAUAUAUUACACAUGCUACCCGUCUCCUCUUACACCACCAUGCAGUUCCACAGUCUAGUGCUGACACACUGUUUUAGGCCUGGAGCAACAAGUCGUUGGGGUGCCGUGUUUCUGUGUAUUAACCUGUGUCUGUAAGCUGCCUCACAUCGCCUGUUUCUCCUUCCACUUCAUUUUCUUUUCAUGUCUUUAUCUCCUCUCCCAGAGGGCAAACUGCUGUCAAUAUUUGUUCUUAGUCUUGCACUUUGGGAUUGGACCAGACUUUUCACCUGUAAGGGACACACACAAAAAACACGUGCGCGCACACACACACACACACACACACACACACACACACACACACACACACACACACACACACACACACACACUCCCUCUUUGUCUCUGCUUGGCUACGUAUCAGGUUUGAGGUUGCCAGGUCAGUGUGCUGCAUUAGUGUGCUGCUCAGAGGGCCACUAGAUACCAACACAGACUCUGAGUCACUUAAAGGAUAACGCCACCCAAAAACUAUCUUUUAGUAUUUGUUUCAUUAGUCCGUGGUUGAUAUAAUCCCAAAAUGAUUUGCCUAUCAGCAACCAACUUUUCAAGAUAUAGAAAUGUCAAAAUACAGAAAUACAGCCGGUGUGAUGGUGGAAUUUUCGUUUAACCCGUCCGCCCCCUGGCCCUCAGGUCUGGACACAAUCCACUGGCCAGGGAGCUCCCCCUCAAGAGUUCUGUCUGAAUUUCAAAGAGAUUAAUUGGUUGGUUUUGCUGCUUGCCCUCAAUUUUGUCUCAGCACAUUGACAGGCGGCUCCUGAAAGUGCCAGAGCAAUGGGAAAGAAAGAAAUAAAGAAAGAAAGAAAGAAAGAAAGAAAGAAAGAAAGAAAGAAAGAAAGAAAGAAAGAAAGAAAGAAAGAAAAAGAAAAGUGCAGUGUGUCAAUGUAAACCAAGUGAGCACAAGAUGUUGAAAGAGAACACUAAUGCUAACAACCCUAUAGUAGUGGUAGUAGUACAACCCUAUAGUAGUGGUAGUAGUACAACCCUAUAGUAGUGGUAGUAGUACAACCCUAUAGUAGUGGUAGUAGUACAACGCUAUAGUAGUAGUACAACGCUAUAGUAGUAGUACAACCCUAUAGUAGUAGUAGUACAAACCCUAUAGUAGUAGUAGUACAACCCUAUAGUAGUAGUAGUACAACCCUAUAGUAGUAGUACAACCCUAUAGUAGUAGUACAACCCUAUAGUAGUAGUACAACCCUAUAGUAGUAGUACAACGCUAUAGUAGUAGUACAACGCUAUAGUAGUACUACAACCCUAUAGUAGUAGUACACGCUAUAGUAGUAUACAACGCUAUAGUAAGGUAGUACAACCCAUAGUAGUAGUACAACGCUAUAGUAGUAGUACAACGCUAUAGUAGUAGUACAACGCUAUAGUAGUAGUACAACGCUAUAGUAGUAGUACAACGCUAUAGUAGUAGUACAACGCUAUAGUAGUAGUACAACCUAUAGUAGUAGUACAACGCUAUAGUAGUAGUACAACCCUAUAGUAGUGGUAGUAGUACAACGCUAUAGUAGUAGCUACAACGCUAUAGUAGUAGUACAUCCCGCUAUAGGUAGUAUACAACGCUAUAGUAGUAGUACAACCCUAUAGUAGUGGUAGUAGUACAACCCUAUAGUAGUAGUACAACGCUAUAGUAGUACUACAACCCUAUAGUAGUAGUACAACGCUAUAGUAGUACUACAACGCUAUAGUAGUAGUACAACGCAAUAGUAGUGGUAGUAGUACAACGCUAUAGUAGUAGCAGUACAAACCUGUAGUAGUACAAUGCUUUAGUAGUAGGACAACGCAAUAGUAGUAGCAGUACAACACUAUAGUAGUAGUAGCAGUACAACACUAUAGUAGUACAAUGCUGUAGUAGUACAACGCUGUUGUAGUAGUAGUAGUUAGCAGCAGCAGUACAACACAAUAGUAGUACAACGCUAUAGUAGUAGUAGUACAACGCUGUAGUAGUAGUACAACGCUGUAGUAGUAGUAGUAGUAGUUGUAGUUGUAGUAGUAGUAGUAGUAGUAGUAGUAGUAGCUCCACCCGGCACAGCCUGAAUGGGACUGGCCACCCCUCAGAGCCUGCUUCCUCUCUAGGUUUGUUCCUAGGUUUCUGCCUUUCUAGGGAGGGAGUUUUUCCUCGCCACCGUGCUUCUGCAUUGCUUGCUGUUUGCCCUUUUAGGCUGGGUUUCUGUAUAGCACUUUGUGACAUCUGCUGAUGUAAAAAGGCCUUUAUAAAUACAUUUCAUUGAUGUGCCUAACUGCUUUUCAUUGUAGCUGAACAGUGUUCCACUCUUACCUCCCUGACUAGCACACAGGAAUAUGUCAUCUAGCUAGGUCAUUGUUUCUCAACUCCACUCCUCGAGUACUCGAGUACCCCCCCAACAGUACACAUUUUUAUCGUAGCUCUGGACAAGUAGCUCUGGACAAGCGCAUCUGAUUCAACUUGUCAACUAAUCAUCAAGCCCUCGAUGAGUUGAAUUGGGUAUGUUUGUCCAGGGCUACAACAAAAACGUGUGCUAUUGGAGAUACUCGAAGACCAGAGUUGAGAAACAAUGAUCAAUGAUCUAUACUUCAGGUGAGAAAGUACAUGACAGUUCACGGUUCAGUAUGGGCCAAAACAUUGGGUGUUGUGAGAGGAUAUUCAUCACGCUGAAUAGAAGAUUCAUUUCCAUUCCAUCUGGCUGUUGGUGCCUCAGAACUGGACACACCACACAGCCGCAGACCCAAUUCUCUGCCUUUUCAUCUAUCAAAGUGAAUUGCAGAUGAUUUACUCGCCGAGUAGUGAUAUUUUGUUUGUGUAUGCUUGUUUGUUUGGGUUAGAGCUGAUGCGCUUUGAUAGGGGGUUCUGAAGAUGCUGAAGGCUACGGUAUUAUUAUUGUGUAUGCACGAGUGCGUGCGCAGCUCCCCCGGGACUGCCUCGCAGAGGAAAUAUCAACCUGCUCUAGAGAAGCACGAGAUUGAACUUUCUAGAGUUUUCCACCUUAGGUUAACACUGUCAACGUUUCCCUAUACUGUGGGAAUUGUGAUCGAAUCAACGCAAUUAGCCACUUUCAAUGCAACCUACCGAAACAAAAUGAACUAUGCAAGACUUCGAAUGCAAAACUAACUAUUCAAGAGAUUUUGUUGUAGACAGAACGCAUCGGAGUAGGAUUCUAUUGCAUUGACAGGCACGACUCAGGCCCGUACUCUACACAGACUGGUGCGCUAUAACCAAUCAGAGCUGCAGUAGACCUAUUUAAGCAAUAAGGCCUGAGGGGGUGUGGUAUAUGGCCAAUAUGCUAAGGGUUGUUCUUACGCAAGGCGGAGUGCCUGGAUACAGCUAUUAGCCGUGGUAUAUUGGCCAUAUACCACAAACCCCUGAGGUGCCUUACUGCUAUUAUAAACUGGUUACCAACGUAAUUAGAACAGUAAAAAUAAAUGUUUUGUCAUACACGUGGUAAUAUGGUCUUGAUAUACCACGGCUGUCAGCCAAUCAGCAUUCAGGGCUCGAACCACCCAGUUUAUAAAUACAAAUAGACCAUUGCCUUAUAUGGAAACUGUGCCAUUCACGUUGAACUGGACUGUUUUUACAGCAUGAGCGGUCCUGAGCAAUGGGCUUGUUUUGAGAUCAAAGCGAGAGCUACAUGUAGUGACGUGUGCACAUUUGUUCAUAUUCGUAGCCCAGUUAUAGAUCAUUUGUAGUCAGCAAUGGGGGAGUGAUUGCUUCCUACAAGAGCACAAAACGUGUGCAUUUCUAGACAUCUUUGAAAAGCCAGUCAGGUAAAGAGCUUUUUUUUGUCUUAAAGGGGCAGUGUUGUAUUUUGAGACAGGUUUAAAUAAGCUAAGUAGCCAAUAAGCAGAGGGUAGCAUAAUUUGUCUUAUUCUCAGUAAUAAUGGUAUGCAUCAAACAACACAACAACAUGUUCAGUCACCUCCUUGUCUGAAGGACAAGUGGAUUAACAGGUUUAUGUCAAGCCCUGUGCUUUUCUUCCAAAGGUCUCAUGGAAUGUAGGCCUACGUUGAAACACCACACAUUGACUGCUAUUGUAGGCUGAAUGAUAGAACAGCUAUUUCCAUGUUAAAAUGUUAUGGGAUGCAUUUUCUCCAUGGUUUUUGAUGGUAGGCCACUCUGGUAGGCCUACAUUAUGAUCAAAUAGGCACAGUAGCCUACUUGACCACUGUUAAAACUGUAACUUAAAGCGGGUACAGCCUCAGUGUUCACAGUAAAAGGCGCGCCCCCGGAAGUUGCACUGAAUUUUCACAACGUUCAUGUUUGCGCUCAGCAGACCUGAAAUUUGCUCAGUGAUAACACAUUUUGAGGGAACAUUGGUUAUAGGCCUAGAGUAGGCUUUAAACAAAGAGUAUUGUCAUUUCACUUCUUAUUGUGUGGUAAUAUCGCGCUGAACUGACAACAGACUGCUAUGUUAAUGUAUGGUGGCCCUCACUGGAAAUAAGCGCAUGAUAGCAGGGGCAGAAAUGACUAGUUAACCACUAAAGCCCCUUAUUGCAGAUGCCUGUCCUCACAACUUUGUGUGUAAGACAUGCUCAAUAAAUGGUGUGAAUGCAGAUGUCCGCUUCCUUAUGUGCUAUGCGUGGACAUUUGUUAAGGAGCUGUACCCAGAACCUCAGUUGUUCCUCUCUCUACCUGCUCGGUUUAGCUCAAUAACUCAAAAUGAAGUUCAAAUGAAUCCAGAUUUUCUAGUGUUGUUGUUUCUCUGGGAGUGUUUGUGAGUCUCCAUAUGGCAGAAACUGCCUAGCUGUAGUAAACUGAAUGGACACUCCCAUGGCUGCAGACAAGAGGACAAGGCAGUACAGCACACUACUACAUACUCAUUAACGGUUGUAAACUGGAUUUUCCUGCAGUUUCUCUACUCUCGCGUAUGUAGCACAUGGGGAUAUGAAACUUACUCCUCAGACUUAAAUGUCCCCACUUGCGCCGCCAAAUAGUUAAAUUUUCAUGUUGCGCCAACUGGUAAGACACUUCGGGAGGGCGGUCACGUGUGCUAGCAAGGCAGAGGUCCUGGGUUCGAGCCAAAUCAGGAAGCAGCCUGACGUCCUUCACAUGUGCAUACAUUUUCGUAUGCUCUGCCAACUGAGCCACACAGGACUUUCUAGUGUGCCUAUUUUUCUCAAGUAGGUUGUACAAUCACGUUGUGAUGUUUUAAAAGACGAUUGCUUUAUCACGCACAGCCACCAAUGGGAACGGAGACAUUAAAAGUCCAGACUUAUUUAGUGAAGGAUGACAGUCGGAGUCUGCGAGGUUGCAUGGUGAUAUUUUAAGCGCUCCCCUAAGGUUGAAUAUUAUUCUAAUAGGGGGGCGACCUCACCUAAGGUCUUUGUUUACGUUUUCCUACAAUCAUUUAACUUCAUUAGGAUAUGAAGUGAGUAUAUAGGGCUCAUUGGUUAGAAGUCCUUGGGGGUCACGCGUUGUUUUUGGAGACAUUUGGUACAUUUCCGAAUACAUUUCCAUUAGAAAAUUCAGUCAUCUAAGCAUAGUACCCCCCCACCCUCUCUCGGGAAUGGUACAUUUAUACAUUUCCCUUAAUAAUUUUAUGGGACAGAAAUGGGCUUUACUUUUUUGGGUUCCUAUUUCCUCUGGUACGCUGCUUAAUAUGCCCCCACCCCCUGUUCCCACCACAGCCGUCAUUGCAGAGAGACACAUUUAUCUCCCAUUCAUUUGUGUUUUGUCGUCUCACCUCUUCCUCUGUUCCAGUUGAUGUUUUUAUGAAAGUCCCCAAUCAGACCCUGGUAGCCAGACUACUCUUUCCUUCAUCUGCCGGUUUCCCCCUCACUUAAUUCCGUCCCUCAAGUGCUUCCUAGAUGAGAUGUAGUGUGUGGAUAUUGGUUUGCGGUGGGGGGGGGGGGGGGCUUUCUCUUGUUGUUGACGUUAUUACUAACCCCCCACUACCACCUCCCUGCUCUCCCUCCAGUACCUCAUCUCUCUUUUUCUCUCUCGCUCUUGAUCUGUCUCUCCUCCACUUGUUCUGCCUGCCUCUGUCUGAGGUGCAGCGUGCCUGAAGAAUGUUCCCAGUAAUUGAACAUAAGGCCUCUCAGCGCAGCUCAGGAAAUAAAGCAGAAAUGUAAUACAUCGACCGGGGCACAGAAAGAAAAUUAGUUUUUUAUUUUCAUCUUACUUCUGUUGCUCUCCUUCCAUUUCCCCUCCUGUCUCUCUCCUUCUCUCUCGCUCUCUCCUUCUCUCUCCUCCCCCUUUCCCCUCCUCUCUCUCUAUCUCCCCUCCUCUCUCUCACUCUCUCUCUCUCUCUCUCUCUCUCUCUCUCUCUCCUCUCUCUCGCUCACCUCCCUCCUUCUCUCCCCCUCUCUCUCCUCUCUCUCUCUCUCUCUCCUCUCUCUCCUCUCUCCCUCCCUUUCCCCUCUCUCUCUCCCUACUCUCCUCUCUCCUUCUUCCGUCCCUCUCUCUCCCCUCUCCUCUCUCUCACUCUCUCUCUCUCUCUCCCCCUCUCUCUCUCUUCUCCUCUUGUUCCCCUUUCUCUCAGAAAUCUCCUUUCUCGUCGGUCCUCCUCGGCUCCCCCGUCCGGGGGGCGGCUCUCUGGGCGAUCCCCCUAGCGCCCCCCCUACCUCCCUCUAGCCUUCUCCCACUCCCUCCUCCAGCUCUUCAGAGGUCAGGAGGGAUCGCAUACUUACUAUCAAUGAAUUCUCGCCCCUCAGGGUCGUGAAGGGCAUCAUCGAAUCCAAGGAUUUGCUUGUCCCCCCCAACCAAACCUCAGACAGUUCCUAAGCAUCCCAAGACCAGGUCAAACUUGGACCCCCGCUCUUUCCUACUAGCACCCUGACCAGCUUUAAACUUGCCUAUUUACCACCUGUUAAUCCCUUCAAUCAUGUUUAGAGGAAGGGCGGUAAAAGAUUUUAAAGUCAACUGAACAUGUGGUGUAUGUGCCGAGGGAGGUAAGGCAAAAUGGACAAGAGAAAUCUUAAGGGGACCCCCACCUGACAAACCCGAUACAUUUAUAAAGGCAUCCCGACACCAGUGCAAAGGCCGCCUACAAUUAAUUUUACCGGGGAAGUUCUUACUAAUUUGUUAAAGACCUCUCAUGUAAUAAGAAAAGAAAGUUGCAAACAUUGAAAAUGUUUUAUCGAUAAGGAAAAAGCUUAGUCCUUUUCUUCUGGUUGUAAAGGUUUGAUUUACCAACUGAAAUUUUGUUCUCAAAUCCCCAAAAUUUUCCUAACUUUAUCCCCCUUUUUUCACCGGGUUCCACCCCACUCUCUACUUUUUUAGGGAAAACUCCUUAGUGGUUCAAUUUUUAACUCUCUCUUGUCUUAAAACCCCCCUAUCCUCACUCUUUUUCCCCCCCCCCCCCCCCCAAAUUUUUUUUUUUUACCCCCCCCCCCCCCAAGGGAAAGGUGAAGAUCUCCUGGAUGGUUUGGGGCCGCCUCGCCGGAGGCUACGUACAUGGAAGCAAGCAGGAGGGCACGGUGCUGGACCACCAGCGACCCCCACCCUGACCACCCUAGCUGGACUUGGGGGGAAAAAGGGGGUCACCUCCCCAGAACUGUUUCAGAGGUCAGGGGGAAAAGAGAACAACAGUACAUUUAUAUAAAAUUAAUUUCAUCGACCCGUCAGGGUCAAAUGAAGGAAAAUCGAAUCCAAGAGUUAAAUUUUAACUCCCCCCAAAAACCCAAAAACCUUUUUAUGCAUCCAAGAAGGUUAAAAACUUAGGAACACUGCUUUUCCAAAAAGCGAACCAGUAAAAAAAUUUUUUUUUACCCCAUUAACCUUAAAAACCCCAAAAAGGGAAAGGGGAAAAGGAAAUUUUUUUAUUUUUUUCCGGAAAUGGGGUUUUUUUGGGGGGAAGUGAAAUGGGAAGCAAAUUUUGGCCCGAAACUUAGUGAGGGAGGGUUUGGUGUGUAAGCCCAAACUUUUUGGUUCAAAAAGCCCCCCCCAAAAACUUCGUUUUUGUUUUGCCCAAAAAAAAUUUUUUAAGGGGGAAAAUUUUUAAAAUUAGGAGGGUUCCCAAGUUUUUUUUUUUUGGGAAUUCCCUAUAAAAUAAAGGGAAAGGGGUUAAAAAUUGACCCCAAAAGUUUUUAAAAAUAAUGUUUUUUUAAUGAGUUGGGGUUUUCCAAAAUUUUUUACUGUUCCCCCUUUCCUUUUUUUUUUUUCCCCCCUUUUUUUCCCUCCUUUUUUUCCACUUCUCUUCCCCCUCCCCCCCUUUCCCCUUCCUCUCUCCCCCACCCUCCCCCCCCCCCCCUCCCCCCCCCCCCCCCCCCCACCAUCUCCCCCCCCCCCCCCCGCCUCUCCCCCCACCCCCCCCCUCCCCCCCCCCGCCUCCCCCCCCCCCGCCCCCUCACCCCCCUCCCCGCCCCCCCCUCUCCCCCCCCCCCCCCCCACCCCCCCCCCCACCGCCCCUCCCCCCCCCCCUCCGCCGCUCACCCUCCCUCGCGCCACCCCCUCCGUUUUCCCCCACAACCCCCCUCCACACCCCCCCCCCCCCCGCAACCCCCCCUCCAAACCCCCCAACCUCACUCCCCUCCCCUCCUCCUCCUCCCCUCCCCCCUCGCGCCCUUUUUUCCCCCCCUCCUCCCCCCUCCCUCACCCCCCCCCCCCCCGCCCAUCUCUAAUCCUCUCCCUUUUCAUCUCUCCUAAUUUCUUCCUACACUCUCUCUCUCCUUCCUCCCCUCACCCCCUCCUUCUCCUCUCCUCCUUCCAAAAUUCCUCUAUCUCCUCCUCUAACUUAUACUCUCCCUCUCACUCUUUGUCCUACAUCCUCUCCUCUUUAGUCCUACAUUUCUCUCUAUCCAUCUUUUUCUUUUUCUCUCUCUCUCACUUUUAAAAGCAUGAAUGUUUUACAGGGGAAACUGAAACAGUUAAAUAUAGGUAAAAGAGUGAGGGGGGGGUGGGGUACAAAGUGUUAAUACAAGUAAAGUACUGUAAGUGUCAUCAGUCACUCAUGUCCCUGUCUGCCCCAUCCCUCCGUCCCCAGAGCUUUACAGAAGAAGGAGCAGCUGCGGCGGCUGAAGCUGGAGGAGGUCAAGGUGCUGGCGGAGGAAGGCAUCGAGCUGGAUGCCGCCGAGUACCAGCGCCAGGUGGAGGAGCGCGAGGCCCAGCGGCGCCAGGAGAGGGAGGAGAGGAUGGCCAGGGAGGCCCUGCAGACUCUGGAGGCAAUGGAGAGAGAGGACCGGGAACGGGAGGAACAGGAGAGACAGGACCGGGAGAGGCAGGAUGACGUUGCCGACCAGGCCACAGGAGGUGGGUGUAGGGCGCAGUAGGGUCUUGGAUCAGUUUUGCAUUGUCCUCGCUAAUGGUUAAGGUUAGGAUUGGGGCAGGAGGUGAGGAGGAGGAGGUGACGAGGUGGUGGUUAGGGUCAGGACAAUGUCAGAGUGAGGAUGAGAACGUGAGCGUCAGGAGGAGGUUGUUAGGGUGAGGGAGGUGUUGAUGGAGGGGGGUGGAGGUACCAGGCAAGGCACCAGUUGGCUGCGUCAUUGGAUGCAAUUACAUUUCAAUUUCGGUCAGUUAAGGAACUUAACUGAAAUUCCAGUUCCAAACUUCCUCAGUGAGUUAGACGUGAGCUACAUGAUAUCACAAGGUACCAGAUCAAAUGGGUAUCAGAAGAAAUGGCUAUUAGAAUCAGCAAGUAGUACAGAGAUUUGAUAGCACCUUUUUUUUUUACCUUUUGAAUUGGGAGGUUCCACAUUUCCCACGGUAUUAAUUCCCUUCUUUUAUUUCUCUCACCCAGUACAAGACCCCCAGGCAGACCCGUGGCACUUGACAGCGAAUGGAGAGAAGAGGAAGAAGAAGAAGAAGAAGAAGAAGAAACAACAACCGACCCCGCCACCGGUCCCUAUAAACUCCUUCCAAGCAGCUUUUGAGAAGUUUGCCACGUUCAACAUGCCCCAGACACCAAAGGAGCCCCCAAAGGAGCCCCAAGACACCAAUGACACAGAAAUACCAGCAGAGGGCAGGCUUGAUGUGAAAGACAUGCAGCAGGUAAGCAGUGCUGGAACAAGGUGUAGGACAGGGUUCUUCAAUUCCGGUCCUGGAGGGCCGAAACACCUCUGUUUUUCAUCCUCUCCUUCUAAUCAGGGGCUAAUUCAGACCUGGGACAAUAUAUGGGUUAAAGCAAUAUAUUAAUUGAUUAUUCAUGUUGAUUGUGGUUCGAGGUAAGCCUGGUCAAAAAUCCAACCGGUUCAGUGUGGAUAUCAGGGUGUUGAGUCAAGUGAAGUUGAAGUUUAUUCAAACUCAGGGCCUUGCUCAUUCAUUUUUGGGGUCCCUCAGCAGUCAUCGUUCUACUCCAAGCAGCUGAAGAUGGAGGUGAAGAAGAGUCGCCGGCACCCCCUCAGCAAGCCGCCUAUGCGCUCUCCGCUAUCCAUCGUCAAGCAGGAAAUGUCCAGCGAUGAAGGUUGGUUCUGAGGGAUGACAUUGUAGCACAGUCUUUUUUCUCUCUGUUCAGGUCGAAUACACUAUUGCGGAUUCCUCUGGCUCUUGUGCUACAUGCAUUGCAGGCCUGACACAGCCUGUAUCCUGACAGCCUAUAUCCUUGCUUGUAUGCUCAUUCUGUGUAUAUCUAGACUGAUCUGAUGUGUGUGUGUGUGGCUGUGUUCUCUCCUUUCUCCCUAAUCAGAGCUGUUCUCCCCCUUGCCACUGGAUGGCCACGUGAAGAAGGCGGGCCACUUGUGGCAGAACCGCACUCCUAACAUCCUGGCUGAGAAGAGUUUCAAUGCGGCCGUGGCCACCCUGGAACCCUACUGUGCCGUAUGCACUCUGUUCUGCCCAUACACACAGGUAGGGUACCGACCACGGACACAGCUAGGGUACCGACCACGGACACAGCUAGGGUACCGACCACGGACACAGCUAGGGUACCGACCACGGACACAGCUAGGGUACCGACCACGGACACAGCUAGGGUACCGACCACGGACACAGCUAGGGUACCGACCACGGACACAGCUAGGGUACCGACCACGGACACAGCUAGGGUACCGACCACGGACACAGCUAGGGUACCGACCACGGACACAGCUAGGGUACCGACCACGGACACAGCUAGGGUACCGACCACGGACACAGCUAGGGUACCGACCACGGACACAGCUAGGGUACCGACCACGGACACAGCUAGGGUACCGACCACGGACACAGCUAGGGUACCGACCACGGACACAGCUAGGGUACCGACCACGGACACAGCUAGGGUACAAACAAUAUAAAUAAAUAGAACACUAUAUAUUAUAACAUGUCUCUUUGCCACAAACAGAGUGAACAUCACAAUCAGACAACAGUGGUCUUUGACACAGGGCUGAGUCUGCAGAUUGCAGAAAGUCAUGUUAACCAUUUGCUCAUUUGAUUAAAGGUUAACAAUGCAUGAAUUACAUUUGAACAGAGAAAAUGAAAAGCUGGUGUUUAAGCUACAUAUUAGUGCACAAAGAGGCACCAUCAGCAACUGACUCCCAUCAGUUUUGACUAAGACUUUUGAUGGAAAUGUUUCAGAUGAAAUUUCAAAUGUAAUUUGGACAAAUUUGUGGUUUUAGCUCCCGUGUUCAAUAUAGAUUUUUUUGGGAAAAUGUGACAGCUCUAAACUCCACUCAGUGAGCCCAUAUAUGUAACCUCCUUCCCCUAUUUCAUUCAGCCCCAGAAGGACUCUCUGUACCCGUCCGACAGCCCCAGUGCCCCCAACCACCCCCACGCUCCCCGCUGCGGAAGCCGCACCCACCCGCUUGUCCCCGAGAUGUGCUUCAGCGCUGGGCCGGACAACACAGAGCCGCUGCCCUCCAACUCCCACACGGGAGAAGACUGCACCAGCCUGCUGCUCUCCUGCUCCUCCUGCAGUCUGCAGGUCCACGCCAGUGAGUAGGCCGACAGAAAGAUAGACGCAUUGAUAUAGACUGAGACAGACAGGCAAGCAGAUGGACGGACGGACGGAUAGAUGGGUAGAAUGGCAGGCAGUCUGUUUAUAUCAGUCAGUCAAAACAAUCACAUUGUCUUCUAAAGAUCAGUCUGUUAAAGCGCUCAGUCAAAACAACAUGUUUACUUUAGUCAACUACUAGCCAGACAGAAACACUAAACAAAUUCUCUACAUUCUAUAUUUCCAGCCAACCAAACCAGGCCCUCACCAAACAAACAAAUCAGUACCAUGCAACCAGUCAGUCAACCCCCCUACCAUGUUUACCUAAAAGGAUAUUUACUGUGUUUGUUCUCCCCAGUCUGGUAUUUAUUCACAAAGCUAAUGGUCCGUAGUGUUUGCACGGCAUAUUAAUCUAAAUUCCCAUUAUGUAUUUGCACCCCCUCGGGCCCGAAGCAGGGAUUUUUCUCUCCACAAGGAUCAAAAUGCCAAUCAAAUUGUUCUAGCUAAUUUACUGCCAUUCACCCUGAACUUCCCAGGAUUGUUGUGCUGGUGCCCCCCCCAAAACUGUUCCCCUGCCGAAAAAUAGGUAAAUAAAGUUGUUUUGCGCCUCUACUCGUCCAGUCUAAGCUGCGUAGCCAAUUAGGCUAGCCUCUGUAUGGUGAGGAGGCAUGUGGCGGGGAGUGGUUAGCGUGCGACACACAGGGAGUGGUUAGACUAAAAUGGCGCUGGAGGGAAUAGCAGCCGUUUUUAAGGGCUCCUCCUGACCAAUUGUACUAUUUUGCGGGGUUUUUUGCGCUGAUCUUAACUUGUUUUUGUACAUAAUGUUUCCGCCAUAUUUUCCUAUUACCGAAACGAGCUUCUGGGCAUCAGAACAGCGAUCACUAACCGAUUUCUACUUCAAUGAGUCUGCGGCGAAGGACAUACUGCUCAAUCUGGACCAGGCCCAAAUCCCCAACACUCGAAAAAAGAAGAGUCGCCGUUAAAAGCCAGCGUGGAUAUCUGACGAGACUUCGCUGGCGAGUGGAUAAACCGCCUCUACCCUCCGUUCUAUUGGCGAACGUGCAAUCACUGGAGAAUAAACUGGACGAGCCCUGUUCGAGACUAUCCUAUCAACGUGGUCUGAAGAACUGUAAUAUCUUAUGUUUCUCAGAGUCAUGGCUGAAUAAGGACAUGGAAAAUAUAGAUCUAGCUGUUUUUUUCUAUACAUCGGUAGGACAGAACGGCAGCGUCUUUGUUAACAGCUGGUGCGUAAUCUCUAUAUUAAGGAUUUGUUAACAGCUGGUGCGUAAUCUCUAUAUUAAGGAAGCCUCAAGGUUCUGCUCGCCUGAGUUAGAAUACCUCAUGGUAAGCUGUAGACCAUACUAUUUACCAAGAGUUGAUCUAUAUUUUUCGUAGCUGUCCAUUUACAUUUACAUUUACGUCAUUUAGCAGACGCUCUUAUCCAGAGCGACUUACAAAUUGGUGCAUUCACCUUAUAGCCAGUGGGAUAACCACUUUACAAUUAUUAUUAUUUUAUUUUUAUUAUUAUCCUAUCCCAGGUGUUCCUUAAAGAGGUGGGGUUUCAAAUGUAUCCGGAAGGUGGUGAAUGACUCCGCUAUCCUGGCGUCGUGAGGGAGCUUGUUCCACCAUUGGGGUGCCAGAGCAGCGAACAGUUUUGACUGGGCUGAGCGGGAACUGUGCUUCAGCAGAGGUAGGGGAGCCAGCAGGCCAGAGGUGGAUGAACGCAAUGCCCUCAUUUGGGUGUAGGGACUGAUCAGAGCCUGAAGGUAUAGAGGUGCCGUUCCCCUCACAGCUCCGUAGGCAAGCACCAUGGUCUUGUAGCAGAUGCGAGCUUCAACUGGAAGCCAGUGUAGUGUGCGGAGGAGCGGGGUGACGUGAGAGAACUUGGGAAGGUUGAACACCAGACGGGCUGCGGCAUUCUGGAUGAGUUGUAGGGGUUUAAUGGCACAGGCAGGGAGCCCAGCCAACAGCGAGUUGCAGUAAUCCAGACGGGAGAUGACAAGUGCCUGGAUUAGGACCUGUGCCGCUUCCUGUGUAAGGCAGGGUCGUACUCUCCGAGUGUUGUAGAGCAUGAACCUACAGGAUCGGGUCACCGCCUUGAUGUUAGCGGAGAACGACAGGGUGUUGUCCAGGGUCACGCCACAAACUGAUGCUGGCACUAAGACCGCACUCAAGGAGCUGUAUAGGGCCAUAAGCAAACAAGAAAAUGCUCAUCCAGAGGCGGCGCUCCUAGAGACCGGUGAUUUUAAUGCAGGAAAACUGUCUUACCUAAUUUCUACCAGCAUGUCACCUGUGCAACUAGAGGCUAAAAAAAAAGUCUUAACUCACCUUUACUCCACACAGACACUCAUACAAAGCUCUCCCUCGCCCUCCAUUUGGCAAAUCUGACCAUAACUCUAUCCUCCUGGUUCCUGCUUACAAGCAAAAACAAACAGGAAGUACUAGUGACGCACUCAUACGGAAGUGGUCCGAUGAAGCCGAUGCUAAGCUACAGGACUGUUUUCUAGCACAGACUAUAAUAUCUUCGUGGAUUCAUCCGAUGCAAUCGAAGUUUAACAAAUCAGUCAAAGGCUUCGUUAAUAAGUGCAUCGAUGACGUCGUCCCCACAGUGACCGUAGGUACAUAUCCCAACCAGAAGCCAUGGCUUACAGGCAGCAUCCACACUUAGCUAAAGGCUAGAGCUGCCACUUUCAAGGAGCGGGACACUAAUCCAGACGCUUAUAAUAAAUCCAGCUAUGCCCUCUGACGAACCAUCAAACAGGCAAAGCGUUAAUACAGGACUAAGAUCAAAUCCUACUACACCGGCUCCGACGCUCAUCAGAUGUGGCAGGGCUUGCAAACUAUCACGGAUUACAAAGGGAAACCCAGCAGUGAGCUGCCCAGUGACGCGAGACUACCAGACGAGCUAAAUGCGUUCUAUGCUCGCUUUGAGGCAAGCAACACUGAACCAUGCAUGAGAGCACCAGCUGUUCCGGAUGACAGUGAGAUCACGCUCUCCGUAGCCGAUGUGACCUUUAAACAUGUUAACAUUCAAGGCCGCAGUGCCAGACGGAUUACCAGUACGCGUACUCAGAGCAUGCGCUGAUCAGCUGACGAGUGUCUUCGCUGACAUUUUCAUCUUCUUCUGGCCCAGUCUGUAAUACCUACAUGUUUCAAGCAGAUCACCACAGUCCCUGUGCCCAAGAACUCCUAGGUAACCUGUCUAAAUGACUAUUGCUCCGUAGCACUCACAUCUGUAGCCAUGAAAUGCUUUGAAAGGCUGGUCAAGGCUCACAUCAACACCAUAAUCUCAGACACCCUGGACCCACUCCAUUUCGCAUACCGCCCCAACAGAUCCACAGAGGACGCAAUCUCUAUUGCACUCCACACUGCCCUUUCCUACCUGGACAAAAGGAACACCUACGUGAGAACGCUGUUCAUUGACUACAACACCAUAGUGCCCUCCAAACUCAUCACUAAGCUAAGGACCAUGGGACUGAACACCUCCCUCUGCAACUGGAUCCUGGACUUUCUAACAAGUAGGCAACAACACAUCCGCUACGCUGACCCUCAACACGGGGGCCCCUUAGGGGUGCGUGCUUAGUCCCCUCCUGUACUCCCAGUUCACCCACAACUAAGUGGCCACGCACGACUCCCAACACAAUGAUGACACGAUCACUGACAAUGAUGAGACCACCUACAGGGAGGAGGUCAGAGACCUGGCAGUGUGGUGCCAGGACAACAACCUCUCCCUCAACGUCAGCAAGAUAAAGGAGCUGAUCGUGGACUAGAGGAAACGGAGGGCCGAGCACACCCCCCCUCACAUCAACGGGGCUGUAGUGGAACGGGUCGAGAGCUUCAUGUUCCUCUGUGUCCACAUCAUUAAAGACCUAUCAUAGUCCAAACACAUCAACACAGUCGUUAAGAGGGCACAAGAACGCCUCUUCCCCCUCAGGAGGCUGAAAAGAUUUGGCAUCCUCAAAAAGUUAUACAGCUGCACCAUUGAGAGCAUCUUGACUGGCUGCAUCACCACUUGGUAUGGCAACUAUUUGGCAUCCCACCAUAAGGCGCUACAGAGGGUAGUGCAUAUGGCCCAGAACAUCACUGGGGCCGGGCUCCCUGCCAUCCAGGACCUUUAUACCAGUCAGAGGAAGGCCUUAAAAAUUGACAGACUCCAGCCACCCAAAUCAUAGAAUGUUCUCUCUGCUACCGCACGGCAAGAGAUACCGGAGCGCCAAGUCUGCGACCAAAAGGGUCCUGAACUGCUUCUACCCCCAAGCCAUAAGACUGUUGAACAGUUCAUCAAAUGGCUAACCGGACUAUUUGCAUUGACCAUCCCCCCUUUGUUUUGUUUUUUUACCGGCUCUAUGAACACUCACUGGACUCUACCAACACACUCACACAUACUAUACUGACACUCCAACGCACACACUACAUACGCUCACACACACAAAACACACGCAUGCGUAUUGACGCCACGCACUCACGUAUAGACACACUUUCACACACACUGCUGCUACUCUGUUUAUCUAUCUAUCCUGAUUGCCUGGUCACUUUUACCCCUACCUACAUGUACAUAUUGCCUCAACUACAGUACCUCGUACCACUGCACAUUGACUCGGUACUGGUACUCCUUGUGUAUAAAGCCUCAUUAUUGUUAUUUUAUUGUGUUACUAUUUAUUUAUAAAUGUUUUGCAAUUUUUUUGUACUUUUUAACUCUGCAUUGUUGGGAAAACGUUCGUAAGGAAGCAUUUCACGGUAAAGUCUUCACCUGUUGUAUUCGAAGCAUGUGACAAAUAAAAUGUAUUUUAAUUUGGUUAGCAUGUGACAUGCGAGGAGCGGUUAGUGUGGACACAGUGCAGACAGCUAUGUGACGCUACUCUGAUUGCUUCAGACCGGUCUUGGAUAACUUUGUAUUAGAGCUACGUGACAUCAAUUGUGAAUAUUGGCUGCAACCAACAUAGUCCAUAUCGUAGACAGUGUGAAGUAUUAGUUGAGUUCCAUAGCACUGUCACUGGACAAUUCAUGUGCUGAUUUCCUAACAUCCAAACAUCUAUUCUUCUUAGACAUUAUAUAUAUAUGGGCAACUGUCUUUGUUGGCCUACUGCCAACAAAUUACUCCAAAUUGGACUAUUCCCCAGUUUUGGUUGAGUGAGGGUAAUUACAGUAUGGUCUUACCACACACACACCUCCCCAGCAGCUGUCUGACUCGUUCCGGCCAGCCCUGUGCCGGAGCUGUGUUCAGCCCUGUGCCGGAGCUGUGUUCAGCCCUGUGCCGGAGCUGUGUUCAGCCCUGUGCCGGAGCUGUGUUCAGCCCUUGCCAGCUGCGGAGGUCAGCAGAGGUUAGGUAAGGACAUGCUGUAGAGACCAACCCACCCAGGCCUUCAACACCACACACCUCUUUAUACCCUAGGUCCCCUGAGGACCUGCAGAAAUCAAGAGGCGACGAACAAAAUCUAGGCUCCCUCAGUUCCCAUGUCGCCUCGCUCCGAGGGCUCAAUGCUUUAACAUUCCUUGACUGGGUUUAGGCAGUCAGCCUGUAGAACAGCAAUGAGCCUCUCUCUCUCUCUAAAGGAGACACUCCAGAAAGUUUAUCCUCCUUUAUUUACCAACCAACUCGCUUUCCCCGCUACUUGUUAUUUUUCUCUUUUACAGGCGUGGGGCAUCUGUCAAAGUGCAGCGCCGCAAGGAGCUUGUUAACAGUUGGUGUGUCUUUCUCUGCUUGCUUAGUUGGUUCUGACUGCAUUCCAGUGCUGCUUUGACUGUGAUCAUUUCCAGCCCUGUUGUUAUUCUCAGUUUCAGUGAAUUGGUCACACCAGGGUUUAUCAUGGAUGUCCCACACAUUAAUGCAUCUAUUUAGGGCACAUGUAAACUCAAUUGGUUCCUUAGUGAAGGACACACACACGCAGGGAAGUUAAUUAGUGCAUCCAGGAGAGCGGAGCGCUGUUCUAGCUAGACACUGGACAGACGGCAGUACCAAGGUUAUUGAUAAGAUGAAUUGAAGCGGGGAGGCAUCCUGUCAAAAACAAACGAUCUCCUCUCACCCCCCACUCGCUUCUCUUCCCAGGUCAUUAGUGGGUGUGGAAGGUCGUGCGUAGUUGAUUUAAAUGCACACGAGGUAAAAGGCUAUAAAAUAAAUAAUAUAUUUUGGUGCCGAAUAAGGGACUACUGCAGAACAGCGAAUGACAUGUAGAUGUGGGGAUUUGUAAGAAGAUAUUUUUGUAGGAGAAAGUACUUUCAUUAAUGGAGUCCUUUUCCCAUGGCUUAGUAGGUUCAGUGCCACUAAGUGUAGAAGGCAGGCCAGAAGAUUACUUUAAUCUGUUGAUUUAUUCUCCUCUCUCUGUCUCUCUGUCUCUCUGUCUCUCUGGUCUUCUCUGUUCUCCUGCCUCUGUCGCUCUCUCUCUUUAUCCUCUCUCUCCUCUCUCUCUCUCUCUCUACCUCUCUCUCUACUCUCCUACUCUCUCUCUCUCUCUCUCUCUCUCUACACUCUCCCUCGUCUUCUCUCUCUCUCUUCUCUCUUCUACCCUCUCCCAUCGGCGCUCUCUCUCUCUCUCUUCUCUAUCUCUUCAAACACGCACUCACUCUCUCUCUCUCUACCACUCCCUUAUACUCCAUCUCUCUCUCUCUCUCUCUCUCUCUCCCUCUUCUCUCUCCUCUCUCUCUCUCUCUCUCUCUUCUUCCUCUCUACACUCUUUCCCUCUCUCUCUCUCUCUCUCUCUCUCUCUCCUCUCUCUCUCUGUCUCUCUGUCUCUGUCUCUCUGUCUCUCUGUCUCUCUGUCUCUCUGUCUCUCUGUCUCUCUCUCUCUCUCUCUCUCUCUCUCUCUCUCUCUCUCUCUCUCUCUCUCCUUCUCUCUCUCUCCCCAGGUUGUUAUGGUGUUAGUCUGGACACGGUACACGAUGAGUCCUGGAUGUGUUCGCGAUGUACAGCGCUUGCCUGGACAGCAGUGAGUCCCUCACUCAACACAAUGCAUUCACCUGAAACAAGUUCCUACGGACUGAAACCACUGGGCUUCUCUAUUGACAAUAUCUAUGCAUUUAUACAAUUUGGAAACGUAUGUAUAUGUGGGGACAUCGGUCACUCUUAAGGCGUCCACAGGCUUCCUAUCCAAAACAGUUCGGAACAGUUUGUGCAUAUAUUAUGACGAUAUUUUGAGGUUUUUGGUUAACAGUAGGGUUUCUUCAAUGAAAUGUUUGUUGUAAUUCACAAAAUGUGCUACUUAAGAUAUCCUUGACAAAAACGUCAAAUUAAUGAGUAAUCUUAGUUGAAUUCUGACUAUUUUGAGGAAGCGUGUACUGGCUACAGCGUCUCAAAAUGGACAAACUGUAUUAUUGCUGCUUUUUUCCCAUUUUUCAAGCGAAGGAUUUUUAACGUAGUAUGCGAGCACACUCGUUCGGGUCCUCCCCUCCGGUUUGUGCCCACUGCCUGCCCACAUCCUAACCUAAACUCUGUGUUUGUGUUCUCACAGGAUUGCUGUCUGUGUAACUUACGGGGAGGCGCUCUAAAGAUGACCACAGACAACCGGUCAGUGGCCUUUCCUACCUUCUCAAUAACACUGGAGUACCGCGAUGUUACUUUAAUAUGCAUUACUUAUGCCAUUCACUGUGUUGUCACCAUACCAGUAUCAUAUUGUGUAGCUCAGAAAUAAACACAUGAGACUCUGGGCGACAACAUAAAGCUGUUGGUUUCCAACAGUGGGACUAUUUUUCCUCAAGAAAUUCCCCCCCCCCCCCCCCCCUCACUCUUUACAUUUGCAUGACAAUACUGAUAUCGUGACCCUAGGUGUUGUGAACAGUCGGGGGCUCACGUCGAUUUGUGUGUCCUCUCCACCAGGUGGGUCCAUGUGAUCUGUGCCAUCGCCGUGGCGGAGGCUCGCUUCGUCAACGCCAUCGCGAGGGAGCCGGUAGACAUCAGCGCCAUCCCUGAGAGCAGGAAGGUUCUGGUGAGUGGAGAGAGGGAGGGAGGGAGGGAGGGAGCCAAACUGCCUGGGUCAUGUUCAUUACAUUCCAAACGGUAGACAAAAUAACUAAUACUGUGGGACUACCUGGAGUUGUCCAAUAAGAAACACACAUUUCAUUUUUGUUCUUUGUGAAUCCUUUUAAAAUGUUUUCCGUUCCCUAAUGAAACACCGCACUGGUCAAUUUUUUUGUGUUAUGUUUUAUAUUGUCGAAGUGUUAAGUCAUUUCAGCCAGACACACAAACCUUUUGACCUCCCUUGUAUUGAGGAGCCUCAAAAUGAGUUGGAUUGGCUAGGAUUAGGCCUAUGCUCCCCCAAACAUGCCCCUAAACUGCAACUACUCUCCCUGGUCUCACACACUUUCCAUCACAUGCUACCUCUCUUCUCCCACUCCCAUAUCUCAUUCUCUGUCACACCUCUUUCUCUCACUCUUUCAUUCUCUGUCGCUCCUUCUUGGUGGUCUCCUCUCUCUCUGUCACUCCUUGGUGGUCUCUCUCUCUCUCCUCUCUCCUUCUUGGUGGUCUCUUCUCUCUCUCUCUCUUUCUUGGUGGUCUCUUCUCUCUCUCUCUCUCUUUCUUGGUGGUCUCUUCUCUCUCUCUCUCUUUCUUGGUGGUCUCUUCUCUCUCUCUCUCUCUCUCUCUCUCUCUCUCCUUGGUGGUCUCUCUCCUUCUUGGUGGUCUCUCUCUCCUCUCUCUCCUUCUUGGUGGUCUCUUCUCUCUCUUUCUUGGUGGUCUCUUCUCUCUCUCUCUCCUUGGUGGUCUCUCUCCUUCUUGGUGGUCUCUUCUCUCUCUCUCUCUUUCUUGGUGGUCUCGCUCUCCUUGGUGGUCUCUCUCCUUCUUGGUGGUCUCUUCUCUCUCUCUCUCUCUUUCUUGGUGGUCUCGCUCUGUCCUUGGUGGUCUCUCUCCUUCUUGGUGGUCUCUUCUCUCUCUCUCUCUUUCUUGGUGGUCUCGCUCUGUCCUUGGUGGUCUCGCUCUGUCCUUGGUGGUCUCGCUCUGUCCUUGGUGGUCUCGCUCUCUCCUUCUUGGUGGUCUCUCUCUCGCUCUUCUCUCCAACUCCUUUCACUCUCACCGGUCUCAUUCUCUCUGGCUCUCGGUCACUCCGUUUUCUAUCUGUUCCGUCCCCCUCCUCCUCCUGGAUGGAUGGAUUGUGUGUUUGUGAGCUGAGGAGCAGGAGGACUGUGGCGUUGGUGAAUAAUAGAUGCACAAAAAUGGAAUGUCUGAAUAAUCAGGUGUAAUUUCUCACUGCGCUAAAUGAUCUGCAUUGAUCCCACUGGCAGGAGGCAAUUUCCCAUCGCUGCCGCGCCUUUGAACAAACCGCUCUCGUCCCUCGCUUAAUCCCCCUCCCUCCAUCCUUCGCUUAAUCCAAAGCGACUUCACAGUAAAUUGCACAGCCUUUGCAGUGGCAUUGUCACAAAUCUACAAAUAAUGUCAUAAUCUAUCAAAGGAAGUGAGGAUUGUCUUUUGAAUAAUUUACAUCCAUGCGCUGUCAAAGGCGCGUUUCCAAAGGCUGUAAAAACCCGUCACACCCUCUUAAUGAUUGGAUGGCUGGGCUUAUCACUAUGUUAGAUUUAGUUCCCGAACCCAUUGAUAUUUGCUUGUAUUCAGAAAAAGUGAUUCUGAGUCUGUCCUCCUUUUGAAAGUUCUGGGAUAGAUGGAAGGGUUCAAACUAAUUGCUAGUCCUUUGGAACGCAGCACAAACCCUCAAAGAACUCCACGGUACCUUUGUUUUUCCUCUGAAGUAAAAUAGUCACAAUAUAUCCAGAGUAGAAUGGGACGCUUUGCGUCGAUUCAUUCAUUAGUGCAGAGACUGGUGAGCACUUCUACUCCAAUUUAGGCUCCUUAGCUACAGAAUAACUUUCAAGAAUGUUCACCCCCACCCUAACGUUGUUGAGAAUUCUGGCUGCCGAAUUUGUUAAUUUUGUAUAUUCUUUAUUUUACAAGGGACCAUGUAAUAUUGAAACAAAACUCGGAGGAAAUGUAAUGUAAUGGCUUUACCCAGGCCGGCAAAGUUUGAAGGAAAAAACGGGGGGACUUAGCAAACAAACAAAUAAAUAAAUGUUUGUUGACGUCCAUAAAUCUCCCCCCUCGUUACCCCUUUGGUUCGUUCCGUCUGUGUAGUCCGUCUCCUGAUUCUGGCCAGUAGGAUAUUCAAUCGGGCGACACUGGGACCGCUGAAAUAUCUCAGAUCCGGGGCCCUAUGGAGAGCUGUGAGGCGGAGAGCUGCAGGAAGGGAUUGAAAUAGUAAAGGGAGGGAAGGAAGGAAGGAAGGAAGGAAGGAAGGAAGGAAGGAAGGAAGGAAGGAAGGAAGGAAGGAAGGAAGGAAGGAAGGAAGGAAGGAAGGAAGGAAGGAAGGAAGGAAGGAAGGAAGGAAGGAAGGAAGGAAGGAAAGAGACAAUGAGGAGUUGAUCCAGAGGGAGCAGCGCUGCUGCUAAAUGCGUAUAGGGGAAACACUGCAACGAAUAAACUGUGUUGAUACUGCAUCAAAGAACUCAAUCGAAGUUAAGCAAGCUUUCAGCCAAGCUUCCUGCCGAUUUUAAAAACAUACUCCUGAAAUGUUUUUUGCUCUGAUAAUAGUGUAUAAAAAAAAGUUACAUUGACUUUAGACACAGACAAAAUCCAAUGUUUUGAUUCUACCACACAUCUUCUCUGGUGUUGCAGAGGUGUGUGUACUGCCACAAGAACACCAAGCAGAUGUGCGGUGCGUGUAUCCAGUGUUCCCACGACAGCUGCUCCACCUCCUUCCACGUCACCUGCGCCCACAUUGCCGGCGUGGUCAUGAAGCCAGCCGAUUGGCCCUACGUGGUGUCUGUCACCUGCCACAAGCACAAGAAGACCAAUCACAAGGUACAGUUGGGGCACAACAUUGUAGAAUGUUCAGAUAUGAAUAGGUUAUGCAGGACAUGCAUGCCCCUCUGGCAUGUAGAAUGAGGAAUAAUUAUGGCUCUAUUCACAACAUUUCUACAUGCAACGUUCAAUGUUUGCCUACUGAAUAUGGCCAUAACAGCAGCAAAACAAUCAUCUGUAUAAUAUGGAUGUAUGAUAUCAAGAUAAGUAUUAGCUGCACUGUUAAGCUGUACGGUUUUCUGAUGAAGCCUUCUAUCUAUGCAAUGGCCAGGGGUCUGUACUAUGUACUGUGCAUUCGGAAAGUAUUCAGACCCCUUCCCUUAUUCCACAUUUUGUUACGUUACAGCCUAAAGGACAUUACAGCCUUAUUCUAAAAUGGAUUAAAUGUAUUGUCUUCCUCAUCAAUCUAUACACAAUACCCCAUAAUGACAAAAGCGAAAACAGGUUUUUAGAAAUGUUUGCAAAUGUAUUAAAAAUAAAAAAACUUUAAUACCUUAUUUGCAUAAGUAUUCAGACCCUUUGCUAUGAGACUCGAAAUUAAGCUCAGGUGCAUCCUGUUUCCAUUGAUCAUCCUUGAGAUGUUUCUACAAGUUGAUUGGAGUCCACCUGUGGUAAAUUCAAUUGAUUGGACAUAAUUUGGAAAGGCACAAACCUGUCUAUAUAAGGUCCCACAAUUGUCAGUGCAUGUCAGAGCAAAAACCAAGCCAUUAGGUCGAAGGAAUUGUCCGUAGAGCUCCGAGACAGGAUUGUGUCGAGGCACAGAUCUGGGGAAGGGUACCGAAAAAUGUCUGCAGCAUUGAAGGUCCCCAAGAACACAUUGGCCUCCAUCAUUCUUAAAUGGAAGAAGUUUGGGACCACCAAGACUCUUCCUAGAGCUGGCCGCCCGGCCAAACUGAGCAAUCGAGGGAGAAGGGCCUUGGUCAGGAAGGUGACCAAGAACCCGAUGGUCACUGACAGAGCUCCCAGAGAUCCUCUGUGGACAUGGAAGAACCUUCCAGAAGGACAACCAUCUCUGCAGCACUCUACCAAUCAAGCCUUUAUGGUAGAGUGACCAAACGGAAGCCACUCCUCAGUAAAAGGCACAUGAUGGCCCAUUUGGAGUUUGCCAAAAGGCACCUAAAGGACUCUCAGAUCAUGAGAAACAGAUUCUCUGGUCUGAUGAAACCAAGAUGAAACUCUUUGGCCUGAAUGCCAAGUGUCACGUCUGGAGGAAACCUGGCACCAUCCCUACGGUGAAGCAUGGUGGUGGCUAGGGCUGUGGCGGUCACAACUUUUCGUCGGUCUCACGGUAAUUUACCGUUAAUUAACACAAACACGAAUCUCUUGGCUUCCACACAUUAUCUACAUUUGAACAAUUCUAAUAAAUCCAUGUAAAAUAGCCUAAACCUUCACAAUAAAUCCAUUAUUUAUUUUAGACAGGUCUAAAAAAACAUGAUAUGAAGAAAAUGUAGUCUAUUUCAGAAGAAAAGAAUAACAAACUCUGAGUUUGUCCUUAUGUUUGGUCCUGAUCUGGCUAUGCUAUAUGGCUGUGGGCUACACUAGUUCAUUUAGCAAACAAGAUUUGCUUAGAAUUCUGUGGUAUUAUUUUAUAUUAUUUUAUAGUAUGAAGAAUACAAUUGAACAAAGCUGAAUAAAAUAGAAAGGAUAUUUUCUCCAAACGAUUUGAGGGAGUGUGCACAUGUGGCUAUUCUGUGUUGAGCGGUUGAGGUACUCCUAUUUGCUUAAUUUAGAGUUAUUAAUGUAACUUUAGUUGUUCUAUAUGUUUUGAUUUUGAAUACUUUGUAAGAAUGCAUGAUGCGACUCUAAUGAUUAUUUGAAAAAAGUUGCUUGAAAGGCAUGAGCUCAGCUUUGUUUUUUGCGCUGGCUGUACACCCUUCAUCAGUCUCUCAUUCACAAUUUGACAAGCACUUGAUAAUGCCUCGAAUUUCCCGGUGGCAUCCCCUAUGUGUGGCCGUAACGCACCCUAUAAAAAUCCAUGCCUUUUGCGGCCAGUGGCCGUUGUGCCCUUCUCCCUGAGUGCUGCGUGCUCAGAAGCACCUCUCACUCACAUGGCUCUCCAUCACGUGAUCUGGUCUUUCUCACAGGCUACAAGUGAAGACAAACACUUCGGGGACGCAACUGUCCUAUUUCCGAGGUGCAUAUUGAAGAUAUUGGAAGAACUGUCCACAUUUACAUUUCGUCAGCCAACAAGAUGAGUCGGCCUAACGAACAGCAAAAGCACUAGCCUAUGUCAAUCUACUAUCCCCCAUAGUACAAAUGUUGACCUAUUCUGUGCAAUAAAUAAAUAUUCCAAACCUAGUCUGGGUCAGUUGUGGGAUGCGAUAGAUCCCAAAUUAAUACAAACACUAGCAUCAACGUUUUUUACGCAAUGAGGCUGACGCAACAGAUCAGAACGUUUAGCUUAAAAUGUGAUAAACUAUUAGGCUAUUUCUUCACAUUAUAAGCGCAGCAAUGUGCAAAUGGUAGUAGGCUAUAAGCACAAAUGUUCCAUUAGCGGGAAAACACAAUUUAUCAAAAGUGACUGCAAAUGCGAUUAUGCAUGUAAUGCUUUUAUCAUAAAGGUGCAUUUUUAUUGUGAAAAUGAUCUUCCCCAAACUUGAAACUCACCCGCUGCUUAUGUAUGCCAGUUAGGCUCUACACCCUUUUACAGCAGAUUAAUGUGCUUAAUUUUAAGAAGUUAUUUGGCCACUUUAGUUGUGUUACAAACCUUAGCAAAACAUAUAGGCCUAUGGGCUAGGCUACAUGAGGUGUGUGACUGAUUAGAAAAUGUAGCAAAAAAAAGGCAUUGUUUCUUGCCUUACACUGGGCAUCAUUCACAAGUGAUAAUAUACUGCUCAAAAAAAUUAAGGGAACACUAAAAUAACACACCCUAGAUCUGAAUGAAUGAAAUCAUCUUAUUAAAUACUUUUUUCUUUACAUAGUUGAAUGUGCUGACAACAAAAUCACACAAAAAUUAUCAAUGGAAAUCAAAUUGAUCAACCCAUGGAGGUCUGGAUUUGGAGUCACCCUCAAAAUUAAAGUGGAAAACCACACUACAGGCUGAUCCAACUUUGAUGUAAUGUCCUUAAAACAAGUCAAAAUGAGGCUCAGUAGUGUGUGUGGCCUCCACGUGCCUGUAUGACCUCCCUACAACGCCUGGGCAUGCUCCUGGUGAGGUGGUGGAUGGUCUCCUGAGGGGUCUCCUCCCAGACCUGGACUAAAGCAUCCGCCAACUCCUGGACAGUCUGUGGUGCAACGUGGCGUUGGUGGAUGGAGCGAGACAUGAUGUCCCAGAUGUGCUCAAUUGGAUUCAGGUCUGGGGAACGGGCGGGCCAGUCCAUAGCAUCAAUGCCUUCCUCUUGCAGGAACUGCUGACACACUCCAGCCACAUGAGGUCUAGCAUUGUCUUGCAUUAGGAGGAACCCAGGGCCAACCGCACCAGCAUAUGGUCUCACAAGGGGUCUGAGGAUCUCAUCUCGGUACCUAAUGGCAGUCAGGCUACCUCUGGCGAGCACAUGGAGGGCUGUGCGGCCCCCCCAAAGAAAUGCCACCCCACACCAUGACUGACCCACCGCCAAACCGGUCAUGCUGGAGGAUGUUGCAGGCAGCAGAACGUUCUCCACGGCGUCUCCAGACUCUGUCACGUCUGUCACAUGUGCUCAGUGUGAACCUGCUUUCAUCUGUGAAGAGCACAGGGCGCCAGUGGCAAAUUUGCCAAUCUUGGUGUUCUCUGGCAAAUGCCAAACGUCCUGCAUGGUGUUGGGCUGUAAGCACAACCCCCACCUGUGGACGUCGGGCCCUCAUACCACCCUCAUGGAGUCUGUUUCUGACCGUUUGAGCAGACACAUGCACAUUUGUGGCCUGCUGGAGGUCAUUUUGCAGGGCUCUGGCAGUGCUCCUCCUGCUCCUCCUUGCACAAAGGCGGAGGUAGCAGUCCUGCUGCUGGGUUGUUGCCCUCCUACGGCCUCCUCCACGUCUCCUGAUGUACUGGCCUGUCUCCUGGUAGCGCCUCCAUGCUCUGGACACUACGCUGACAGACACAGCAAACCUUCUUGCCACAGCUCGCAUUGAUGUGCCAUCCUGGAUGAGCUGCACUACCUGAGCCACUUGUGUGGGUUGUAAACUCCGUCUCAUGCUACCACUAGAGUGAAAGCACCGCCAGCAUUCAAAAGUGACCAAAACAUCAGCCAGGAAGCAUAAGAACUGAGAAGUGGUCUGUGGUCACCACCUGCAAAACCAGUCCUUUAUUGGGGGUGUCUUGCUAAUUGCCUAUAAUUUCCACCUGUUGUCUAUUCCAUUUGCACAACAGCAUGUGACAUUUAUUGUCAAUCAGUGUUGCUUGCUAAGUGGACAGUUUGAUUUCACAGAAGUGUGAUUGACUUGGAGUUACAUUGUGUUGUUUAAGUGUUCCCUUUAUUUUUUUGAGCAGUGUAUAUAAUUCACAAGUCAUAGGCUAAUAUUGUUACCCAUCAGACUAUUCUUGAAUUAGUCUUGUCUUUACAUAUACUAAAUAAUAUAUGUGUGAAAUUUGUUUUGAUUUAGAAUAAACCAUUAUCAUGCUCCUGUCUUGAAACAGGGGCAGGGGAAAAAAGUCAUUUCAUCUAUGCACUUAAAUAGUGAAUGGAGGACGCUUUUCAGUGUUUCAUUUUCAUGCCAUCCAGGUAGGCUAUACUCCUGUUGUAAAGAUAAGCAAUGUGCUUAAUAUUAGAAAUGUUGAAAAAUAAAUAUAGUAGGCCUAGCCUAUAGAAAGCUGAUGGGAUCCUCCUCUUUUUAAUAGAGGCCAUCAAUUGCAUAGCCAAUAGAAAUGUUACGCAACAUGAGCUCAUGGGCUCUCAUGAAGUGUUUGAUUAGGUUUUCAAUUACAUUUGCAUUGAUGUCAGAGUGAUUAGAGGGACAAUAGAGUGCUGAGUACCAGGCAGUUAUCAAGUUUGGUAGGCUACUAAAGACCAUCAGCAGCAUCAGAGCUUGGAGAAGCCUAAUUAGUGUGACUAAACGAUCACUUGGAAUUUGACUGCCUUCAUGACUCGUGACUGCCGGUGUGGCAGUAAUACAGUCACCGCAACAGCCCUAGUGGUGGCAGCAUCAUGCUGUGGGGAUGUUUUUCAGCAGCAGGGACAGGCUGCUAGACAGGAUCGAGGGAAAGAUGAACAGAGCAAAGUACAGCGAGACCCUUGAUGAAAACCUGCUCCAGAGCGCUCAGGACCUCAGACUGGGGCUAAGGUUCACCUUCCAACAGGACAACGAUGCUAAGCACACAGCCAAGACAACGCAGGAGUGGCUUCGGGACAAGUCCCUGAAUGUCCUUGAGUGGCCCAGCCAGAGCCCGGACUUGAACCCGAUCGAACAACUCUGGAGAGACCUGAAAAUAGCUGUGCAGCGACGCUCCCCAUCCAAAUGGACAGAGCUUGAGAGGAUCUGCAGAGAAGAAUGGGAGAAACUCCCCAAAUACAGGUGUGCCAAGCUUGUAGCGUCAUACCCAAGAAGACUUGAGGCUGUAAUCGCUGCCAAAGGUGCUUCAACAAAGUACUGAGUAAAGGGUCUGAAUACUUAUGUAAAUGUGAUAUUUCAAUUUGUCAUUUUUAAUAAAUGUGAAAAAAAUUCUACAAACCUGUUUUUACUUUGUUAUUAUGGGGUAUUGUGUGUAGAUUGAUUGAGGAAAUAAAAUAAUGUAAUCCAUUUUAGAAUAAGGCUGUAACGUAACAAAAUGUGGAAAAAGUAAAGGGGUCUGAAAACUUUCCGAAUGCACUGUAUAUAUCACACACACUGAAUGUACAAAACAUUAAGAACGGCUUCCUAAUAUAGAUUUUUGCCCUCAGAACAGCCUCAAUUCCUUGGGGCAUGGACUCUACAAUGUGUCAAAAGCAUUUGACAGGGAUGCUGGCCCAUGUUGACGCCAAUGCUUCCCACAGUUGUGUCAUGUUGGCUGGAUGUCCUUUGGGUGGUGGACCAUUCUUGAUACACACGGGAAACUGUUGAGCGUGAAAAAAAACCCAGCAGCAUUGCAGUUCCGGUGCGCCUGGCACCUACUACCAUACCCCCCGUUCAAAGGCACUUACAUGUUUUGUCUUGCCCAUUCACCAUCUGAAUGGCACACACACAAUCCAUGUCUCAAUUGUCUCAAGGCUUAAAAAUCCUUCUUUAACCUGUCUCCUCCCCUUCAUCUACACUGAUUUGAAGUGGAUUUAACAAGUGACAUCAAUAAGGGAGCAUAGCUUUCACCUGGAUUCACCUAGACAGUCUGUCAUGGAAAGAGCAGGUGUUCUUAAUGUUUUGUACACUGUGUGUGUGGACCAUGAAAUAUAACACUGUCUGUGAUCCACUGCUCUAACCCCAUAGAAAUAGAAUGACAAUAGAUUCAAUUCAAAUAGUUUCUAUUUUCACACUCCUCCCCCUCUCUAGGCAAGGGCGGGGCCAAGGGGGGAGUUUUCUCUGGGCCAGAAGGUAAUUGGACGGAACAACGAUGGCUGGUUCUACCCCUGCACCGUCAUUGGCAUGACCUCACAAACCUUCUACGAGGUCAACUAUGAUGACGGCUCCUUCUGUGACAACAUGUUCCCCGAGAACGUUGUGGUGAGGGCCUCUCUCUACACCUCUGUCUCUAUCAGCCUCUCUCCCUACACCUCUCUCUCUAUCAGCCUCUCUCCCUACACCUCUCUCUCUAUCAGUCUCUCCCUACACCUCUCUCUCUAUCAGCCUCUCUCCCUACACCUCUCUCUCUAUCAGCCUCUCCCUACACCUCUCUCUCUAUCAGCCUCUCUCCCUACACCUCUCUCUCUAUCAGCCUCUCUCCCUACACCUCUGUCUCUCUAUCAGCCUCUCUCCCUACACCUCUCUCUCUAUCAGCCUCUCUCCCUACACCUCUCACUCUAUCAGCCUCUCCCUACACCUCUGUCUCUCUAUCAGCCUCUCUCCCUACACCUCUCGGACUCUAUCACCCUCUCUCUCUGCACCUCUCGGACUCUUAUCAGCCUCUCUCUCUACACCUCUGUCUCUCUCUCAGCCUCUCUCUCUACACCUCUGUCUCUAUCAUUCUCUCUCUACACCUCUGUGUCUAUCAGCCUCUCUCUACACCUCUCGUCUCUCCGUCUGUCUCUCUACACCUCUGUGUUUCUCAGGGUCUCUACACCGCUCUCUUAGUCUCUCUCUCUCUCUCUCUCUCUCAGCCUCUCUCUCUACACCUCUCUGUCUCUGUGUCUCUCUAUACCUCUCUGGCUCCCUCAGUCUGUGUCCUAAUCGUUAAGGUUUGACAUGGUGAGGUGACCAUGAUAUGUGUUGACGUAGUGACAACAUAAUGACAGGAGAGAAAAUCAGCUCUUCAAAUCAAAGCAGUGGCUAUGUAAUAAUAAUAAAUAAUCAUAUGCCAUUUAGCAGACGCUUUUAUCCAAAGCGACUUACAGUCAUGUGUGCCUACAUUUUUACGUAUGGGUGGUCCCGGGGAUUGAACCCACUACCCUGGCGUUACAAGCGCCAUGCUCUACCAAUUGCGCUACAGAGGACCUAUCUAGUGGAUACGUUAGAUGCAUCAAAUCCUAACCUCUUCCUCAAAUCAAUCACUCCGUUCUCCCCUCUCCCUCCAGAGUCAUGACUGUCUUCGUAACGGCCCCCCAGAGACAGGCGAGCUGAUGUUGGUCCACACCAUGGAGGGCCAGGUGCUCAACGCCUCCUACGUCAAGGAGCACGUGCACAAGCACUACCAGGUGAGUGUAGCGGUGGUCCCCCAUACACUCCCUUCACUCUCCCUCGUCAACCAAAUAGCCCACUAGCCCCGUGUUCCAGCCCAGCACUAAGGUAAAGUUGAUUGCUUGAAUCCGGGGAUGUUAGUGCUAGGUUAGGACAAAAGCCUGCACACCCUGUGUACCCCCUCGUGGAUCAAAAAUAACUGGGUAUGUAUAUGGGCUAAAAUCAAUGUAGCUUAUCUCGUCAUUAGACCACUGGGGGCAUUAUACUGCUAGGAUGCAUGGACAGGUUAUGAACAAUUGAUUUCCCCUAAAUUCUCCUUAUGACAACUUUAAGUAGGCUUUACAAUGGCCCACUCCAUCUACAUUGAACCCCCAGCACUGCACCAAGUUGGUUCUGCACCUAAAUCCUUUUUAUACCACAACUUAUAUGACUUUCCAGCACAGUAUGUAUCUGAAUGUUUCCAGCACAGUAUUUAUCUGAAUGUUUCCAGCACGGUAUUUAUCUGAAUGUUUCCAGCACAGUAUUUAUCUGAAUGUUUCCAGCACGGUAUUUAUCUGAAUGUUUCCAGCACAGUAUUUAUCUGAAUGUUUCCAGCACAGUAUUUAUCUGAAUGUUUCUAGCACAGUAUUUAUCUGAAUGUUUCCAGCACAGUAUUUAUCUGAAUGUUUCCAGCACAGUAUUUAUCUGAAUGUUUCUAGCACAGUAUUUAUCUGAAUGUUUCUAGCACAGUAUUUAUCUGAAUGUUUCUAGCACAGUAUUUAUCUGAAUGUUUCUAGCACAGUAUUUAUCUGAAUGUUUCCAGCACAGUAUUUAUCUGAAUGUUUCCAGCACAGUAUUUAUCUGAAUUUUUUUAGCACAGUAUUUAUCUGAAUGUUUCCAGCACAGUAUUUAUCUGAAUGUUUCCAGCACAGUAUUUAUCUGAAUGUUUCCAGCACAGUAUUUAUCUGAAUGUUUCCAGCACAGUAUUUAUCUGAAUGUUUCCAGCACAGUAUUUAUCUGAAUGUUUCCAGCACAGUAUUUAUCUGAAUGUUUCUAGCACAGCAUUUAUCUGAAUGUUUCCAGCACAGUAUUUAUCUGAAUGUUUCCAGCACAGUAUUUAUCUGAAUGUUUCCAGCACAGUAUUUAUCUGAAUGUUUCCAGCACAGUAUUUAUCUGAAUGUUUCUAGCACAGUAUUUAUCUGAAUGUUUCUAGCACAGCAUUUAUCUGAAUGUUUCCAGCACAGUAUUUAUCUGUUAAUGUUUCCAGCACAGUAUUUAUCUGUUAAUGUUUCCAGCACAGUAUUUAUCUGUUAAUGUUUCCAGCACAGUAUUUAUCUGAAUGUUUCCAGCACAGUAUUUAUCUGAAUGUUUCCAGCACAGUAUUUAUCUGAAUGUUUCCAGCACAGUAUUUAUCUGUUAAUGUUUCCAGCACAGUAUUUAUCUGAAUGUUUCCAGCACAGUAUUUAUCUGAAUGUUUGCAGCACAGUAUUUAUCUGAAUGUUUGCAGCACAGUAUUUAUCUGAAUGUUUCCAGCACAGUAUUUAUCUGAAUGUUUCUAGCACAGUAUUUAUCUGCAUAUGAAAAUGAUGGUGCCCUUGUAGAUUAUGGCGGAAUAUCUUGAUACAGCGGACAUUCAUACGUGGUCGAGAGAUUUAGCAUUGAAUGUGCUUUGAAUGUGCGUGUGGGGAAUUUAUGGUGCGAUGCGCAGAGUGCUUACAAGGUAUAAAGCUUAGAGGCAAGGUUCCUGGAGUUGGUACCGGAGAAACACAACUCCUCCGAACACACAUGGUGUGUACACACACACACAUACACACAAACAGAGAGAGAGCCUUGUGAGCACGACUGUGUGCUCUUCCACUCUCAGCAUGGGUGAUGCGUGAUAUGACAAGACAAAUGGCACAGACACAGACACAUCACACACACACAUAGACACAUCACAUACACACUCAUUCCAAAAUCAUGAACAUGAAUAUAGAGUUGGUUCCCCUGUUGCUGCUAUAACAGCCUCCACUCUUCUGGGAAGGCUUUCCACUAGAUGUUGGAACAUUGCUGCGGGGACUUACUUCCAUUCAGCCACAAGAGCAUUAGUGAGGUCGGGCACUGAUGUUGGGCGAUUAGGCCUGGCUCGCAGUCGGUGUUCCAAUUCAUCCCAAAGGUGUUCAAUGGGGUUGAGGUCAGGGCUCUGUGCAGGCCAGUCAAGUUCUUCCACACUGAUCUCGACAAACCAUUUCUGGAUGGACCUCGUUUUGUGCACGGGGACAUUGUGAUGCUGAAAUAGGAAAGUGCCUUCUCCAAACUGUUGCCACAAAGUUAGAAGCACAAAAUUGUCUAGAAUGUCAUUGUAUGCUGUAGCAUUAAGAUUUCCCUUCACUGGAAUUAAGGGGCCUAGCCCGAACCAUGAAAAACAGCCCCAGACCAUUAUUCUUCCUCCACCAAACUUUACAGUUGGCACUAUGCAUUGGGGCAGGUAGCGAUCUCUGGCAUCUGCCAAACCCAGAUUAAUUCAUCGGACGGCCAGAUGGUGAAUCAUGAUUCACCACUCCAGCCGACGCUUGGCAUUGCGCAUGGUGAUCUUAGGCUUGUGUGCGACUGCUCGGCCAUGGAAACCCAAUUCAUGAAACUCCCAACAAAGUUAUUGUGCUGAAGUUUCUUCCACUGGCAGUUUGGAACUCAGUAGUGAAUGUUGCAACCGAGGACAGGCGAUGUUUACGCGCUUCAGCACUCGGCGGUCUCGUUCUGUGAGCUUGUGUGGCCUACCACUUCGCGGCUGAGCCAUUGUUGCUCCUAGACGUUUCCUCUUCACAAUAACAUGUCUUACAGAUGACCGGGGCAGCUCUAGCAGGGCAGAAAUUUGACAAACAGACUUGUUGAAAAGGUGGCAUCCUAUGACUGUGCCAUGUUGAAAGUCACUGAGCUUUUCAGUACGGGCCAUUCUACUGCCAGUGUUUGUUUAUGGAGAUUGCAUGGCUGUGUGCCUGUCAGCAACGGGUGUGGCUGAAAUAACGGAAUCCACUAAUUUUAAGGGGUGUCCACAUACUUUUGGCCAUGCAAUGCACUCCUCUGGUUUAGGAUCACACAAACCAUCCAUUUUAUCAGUGUGUCGCUCUGACUGGAUGUACUAUGUAUGUGAUUGUAUGGUUAUGCCUCUGUGUGUGUGUGUGUGUUUCUAAUCACAGGAUGGGACUGUGGAGGGGGAUGUGUGUGGUAGUCUUGGAGUCUCGCUGUGCUUGUCUGUGUUGUCUGCUCAGAAGUCUACACAGCAUAGCAGACAACAAUCCUGUUUUUCAUCCACGUUAUUUCCAACACAACACUUUCAGAAAGAAAAAACUACUUUUCAAAAAAGUGUAUUCUUCUUUUUCUUCUCCCUGUCUUACUGGCUGUGAGAUGUCAGUGUGAGUCAGCAUUAAGAGGCUGUUAGCGACUUGGAGCAGAGAGGAACAUCAGUCUCCAGCUGGUGCCUGUGCCAGGGUGGCCAACACCACCUAGUCUCUUAGCCAUCGCUGCCCCAAAGGUCCUCCUUUCUCUCGCUCUGUUUCUCCAUCGCUCUGUUUCUCCAUCGCUCUGUUUCUCCAUCGCUCUAUGUCGCUCUCUCUCCGUCUUUCGCUCUCUCUCCGUCUCUCGCUCUCUCUCCGUCUCUCGCUCUCGCUCUCCGUCUCUCGUUCUCUCUCGCUCUCUCUCUCCGUCUCUCGCUCUCGCUCUCUCUCUCCGUCUCUCUCUCUCUUUCUCCGUCUCGCUCUCUUUUCCAUCUCUUGCUCUCGCUCUCUUUCACUCUCUCUCUACAUGCUAGUGAUGCUGGCUAAUCACCUGCUAUCUUUCAUUUGAGUCUCUCACAUACACAUUCGUACGCACACACAACAGAGUCACACAACAGUCACACACACCAAGACUGGGUUUUGUCAUCCUGACAAUCCUGGGCUCUGUCGUUUUUUUUUUUUUAGGAAUGACCCUUAAUCAACUCUCACUCUCUUUCUGUCUUUCCAUCUCUCGCUCUCUCCGUCUCUCUCUCUCUUUGUCUUUCCAUCUCUCUCUCUCUCCGUCUCUCUCUCUCUUUCCAUCUCUCUCUCCAUCUCUCUCUCUUUCUGUCUUUCCAUCUCUUGCUCUCUCCGUCUCUCUCAUUCUGUCUUUUCCAUCUCUCUCUCUCCGUCUCUCUCUCAUUCUCUCUUUCCAUCUCUUUCUCCGUCUCUCUUUCUGUCUUUCCAUCUCUCUCUCUCCGUCUCUCUCUCUCUCUUUGUCUUUCCAUCUCUCUCUCUCUCCAUCUCUCUCUUUGUUUGUCUGUCUUUCCAUCUCUCUCUCUCUCCGUCUCUCUCUCUCUUUCUGUCUUUCCAUCUCUCUCUCUUUCUGUCUUUCCAUCUCUCCUCUCUCUCUCCGUCUCUCUCCCUUUGUCUUUCCAUCCCUCUCUCUCUCUCCGUCUCUCUCUUUGUUUGUCUGUCUUUCCAUCUCUCUCUCUCUCCGUCUCUCUCUCUUUGUCUUUCCAUCUCUCUCUCUCUCCGUCUCUCUCUUUGUUUGUCUGUCUUUCCAUCUCUCUCUCUCUCCGUCUCUCUCUCUCUUUCUGUCUUUCCAUCUCUCUCUCUUUCUGUCUUUCCAUCUCUCUCUCUCCGUCUCUCUCCCUUUGUCUUUCCAUCCCUCUCUCUCUCUCCGUCUCUCUCUUUGUUUGUCUGUCUUUCCAUCUCUCUCUCUCUCCGUCUCUCUCUCUCUUUGUCUUUCCAUCUCUCUCUCUCUCCGUCUCUCUCUUUGUUUGUCUGUCUUUCCAUCUCUCUCUCUCUCCGUCUCUCUCUUUGUUUGUCUGUCUUUCCAUCUCUCUCUACUCCCCUUUUCAGGUGGAGUUCCAAGAUGAGUCCCAGCUGUUACUGAAGCAAACAGAGAUCCACUCGCUGGAGCAGGACCUGCCCAAGAGGGUCUGCACCCGCCUGGUACGAGACCCCCUGACACCCACCUACUAGGGCUGGGGAGAGGGAGGCAGGGGAGAGGGAGGCAGGAGUGGGCUGGGGAGAGGUUGGCAGGGGUGGGCUGGGGAGAGGUUGGCAGGGGUGGGCUGGGGAGAGGUUGGCAGGGGAGGGCUGGGGAGAGGGAGGCAGCGGUGGGCUGGGGAGAGGGAGGCAGGGGUGGGCUGGGGAGAGGGAGGCAGCGGUUGGCUGGGGAGAGGGAGGCAGGGGUGGGCUGGGGAGAGGGAGAGGGAGGAAGGGGUGGGCUGGGGAGAGGGAGGCAGGGGAGGGCUUGGGAGAGGGAGGCAGGAGUGGGCUGGGGAGAGGGAGAGGGAGGCAGGAGUGGGCUGGGGAGAUUCAUAAUGUUAUUCCACACUAAGUUGUGGUGUUAAUGUCAGUCAUGGCUGUGUUGAGCCCUUUUAUAAAAUGCUUACUUUACGUGAUGCUCCUGACUUAAAAAAUAGGAAAUAUCCAUCCUUACUGUUUGGUUGUAGGGGUUUGAAGGGUGUAGGAGCUAAACAUACGGGAGAAGUGAUCAUGUGGACGCCAUGCCACUGUUUUGACCAUCAGCUGUCUCUUCCUGUCUAGGCAAUACCAACCCAGGAAGCCCUUCUGUCAGGAGACGAACCACAGGCAGCCAAGAGGCCUCGCCUCCCCGCCCCUCACCCCCCACCUCUCACCCCCAUGGACCCCGGAUGCCACCCCCCAGCUACAGGCCCUGUACCUCACAGUAUUGCACCUCCCACACCCAGCCAUGCUCCUGGUCCCCCCAACACUGAUAUCAGUGCCCUUACCCUCACCCAGGCUCUGGCAAUAGCCAUCCCCGAGCCCACCCUCACCCCAAUGCCAACUCUCGCUGAUCCUCUCCCAGCCCCGUCUGCCCUAGCCGCCCCUCUGCCGCCCCUCUCCCCAGCCGUGCCCUUCCAGGACCAGGGUGAAGGCUACACGCCCAGCUCCAGCUACGUGUCCUACAUGGAGACGCUGCUUAAUGCACACUUCCCCACUCAGGAAGAGGGCCCCGGGCCCCUGUUUUAAUGAGACACACCGCUCCGCAGUGAUAGCUAGGCUAACAGGAGCUAAGCUAAUGUUAGGAAAGAUAACGUAAUCUAUGCUAACGUAAUAUAUGCUAACGGAGGCUCAGCUAACGGAGGCUAACUGAUAGACAGUAGCAUCUGCUACACAGGAGCUGAAAACAGAAUGCAGAUAAAGCACUCCUCAGUUGCAUGUCUUUUU